CAUUUCAUUUUGAAGACACAAAAUGCCUUCUCUUGACCCUUCACAUUAACCAUCAAAACCCCAUUUUUUCUAUUUCUACCAUUUUCCCUUUUCAUGCUGCUUUCUGUGUUGUUCUGUUUUUGAUUUCUCGCUUGAUAUAGGAUUCAUGUGAUCAUGGAUGUAAAAACAAAGAGGAGAACUGUUGUAGAGAAUGGUGAUGUGGGGGAGGAUUUGGUUCUAGCUACUUUGAUUGCGAAUGGGGAUGAUGUUGGUCCUCUAGUAAGGCAUGCCUUCGAAAUGGGUAGGCCUGAGUGGUUCCUUCACCAGCUGAAUUAUGUUGUUAAGAAAAAGGAAGCUGAAAUUGAGGAGACGUGCAAGACCCACUACGAGGAAUUCAUCCUUGCAGUUGAUGAGCUUCGAGGCGUGUUAGUUGAUGCUGAGGAGCUAAAGAGUGAGCUCCAAAGUGACAAUUUUAAGUUGCAGCAGGUUGGGAGCGCCCUUCUUGUCAAGCUUGAAGAGCUUCUUGAAUCUUAUUCUAUUAAGAAGAAUUUGACUGAAGCUAUAAAAAUGUCAAAGAACUGUAUACAGGUGUUAGAGCUUUGUGUCAAGUGUAACAGUCACAUGUCUGAAGGCUAUUUUUAUCCUGCAUUGAAAACUGUUGACUUAAUUGAGAAAAACAUGCAGAAUAUUCCUGCAGUGACUCUCAAAAUGGUCAUAGAGAGGAAAAUUCCUGUAAUAAAAUUGCAUAUCGAGAAGAAAGUAUGCAGUGAAGUUAAUGAAUGGAUGGUCCACAUAAGGAGGUCUGCUAAAAAUAUUGGACAAAUGGCAAUUGGUCGUACCGCGACAGCUCGUCAGAGGGAUGAAGAAAUGCUAGAACAGCAACGGAAGGCGGAGGAGCAAAAUGUACCGGGAGUUGGGGAUCUAGCUUAUACUUUGGAUGUUGAAGAAGUUGAUGAGGAUUCUGUAUUCCAGUUUGAUCUUACACCUCUUUAUCGAGCUUGCCAUAUUCAUGAUUGUCUGGGUAUCAGAGAGCGAUUUCGUGAAUAUUACUAUACUAAUAGAUUGUUACAAUUGAAUUCAGACCUGGAGAUAUCUUCAGCACAGCCUUUUGUUGAAUCAUAUCAGACAUUUUUUGCUCAAAUUGCUGGAUUCUUUAUAGUGGAGGAUAGAGUCCUGAGAACUGCUGGGGGCCUUGUGGUAGCUGAUCAGGUUGAAACAAUGUGGGAGACUGCUGUAUCUAAAAUGACAUCAAUGUUGGAGGAGCAGUUCUCUUCUAUGGAGUCUGCCACUCAUCUUCUCCUGGUGAAGGAUUAUGUCAGUCUUCUUGUGUCUACUCUUCGACAAUAUGGACAUGAAAUCGGUACACUUCUUGAUGUGCUUGAUAGCAGCUCUGACAAAUACCACUUGCUUCUUUUGAAAGAAUGUCGGCAACAAAUCGUUGAUGUUCUUGGCAAUGACUCGUAUGAUCAAAUGAUGAUAAAAAAGGAAACUGACUAUGAGAAUUGUGUUUUGUCUUUUAAUCUUCAAACAUCAGAUGUUAUGCCUGCUCUUCCAUAUGUUGCACCAUUUUCCUCCAUGGUACCUGAUGCUUGUCGCAUUGUGAGAUCCUUUAUCAAAGGCUCUGUUGAUUACUUGUCUUAUGGUGCACAUACAAACUUCUUUGAUGUUGUUAGGAAGUAUUUGGACAAGUUCGUGAUUGACAUAUUGAAUGCAACAUUACUUGAUAAAAUAAAUAGUGGCAAUAUCAGUGUACCUCAAGCCAUGCAGCUUGCUGCAAACACAGCUGUCCUUGAAAGAGCUUGUGAUUUUUUCCUUCGACACGCGGCCCAACUAUGCGGUAUCCCUGUCCAAUCAGUUGAAAGGCCUCAAGUUGCUUUAACUGCAAAGGCGGUCUUGAAUACGUCAAGGGAUGCAGCUUAUAUUACCCUACUGAAUCUGGUAAACACAAAAAUAGACGAGUUUAUGACACUUACUGAAAGUGUUAAUUGGAUUUCUGAGGAGACAGAUCAGAAUGGAAAUGACUACAUACAUGAAGUGAUCAUUUACCUUGAUUCUGUUAUGUCAACUGCGCAACAAAUUUUACCCUUGGAUGCUAUGUACAAAAUUGGGAGCAGUGCUUUUGAGUACAUUUCCAAUUCCAUAGUGGCUGCUUUCUCUAGUGAUAGUGUCAAAAGGUUUAACGCGAAUGCAGUUAUGAAUAUUGAAUAUGAUCUUCAGAUCAUAGAGAAUUUUGCAGACAAAAGGUUCUAUUCUGCUGGUUUGGGUGAAAUUUACAAUGAGGGUGGUUUUAAGAGCUGCUUGGUAGAAGCACGGCAAUUAAUUAAUCUUUUGCUGAGUAGUCAACCUGAGAACUUCAUGAAUCCUGAUAUAAGGGAGAAAAAUUUCUAUGCAUUGGAUUAUAAGAAGGUGGCUGCAAUCUGUGAUAAGUUCAAGGAUUCUCCUGAUGGGAUCUUUGGAAGCCUUGCUAAUAAAAAUUCAAAGCAAAGUGCAAGAAAGAAAUCAAUGGACGUGCUCAAAAAGCGACUCAAGGAUUUCACUUGAUAAUACUUGGAAACAUUCUUUCAUUGGAAGUAGGGUAUAGUUUAAGUAUUCUUCUUCUAUUUUUGAUGUUUAACUUCAGAAUGAAUAGUGUUUCAAUAUUAUUCUGACUUGUUUGGGCCUUAAAUCUGUUAUCUAUUUAUUCUGGUAAUUUAGAGUUUGUUUGGAUUCUCUCUUUUAUAAGUUAUAAGUUACUUAUAAGCUAAAGCUAAAAAAAAAAGCUUAAAAAAAGCUAAAAACCACUACAAAAAAACAUGUAUUUACUGGCGGGCAUUUAUUGGCAGUCAAAAUACACCCCCAAAAUAAUUCAAAUUUAGCAUUUUAGUGACCGCCAGUCCGCCACAGUUUAAAUUUUGUUCUCGCGACUCAAGUAAUUGAAUGGCGGCCUAACACGCUGCAAUAUUUUAUGUAACAUUUACUACUAAUUGUUAUUCUUAUUCAUUUUGGAUUUUUGCACAGCCACAAAUUUUCCUUAUAUUAAUUUUUUAAUUUCAUCUUUAUUUUAUUUUUAGUGUGUUUAAAUCUUCCCAAAAAAAUUCACACCUCGCUCAUCGUUUCCCAUGAGAUUUCACUCCGAUGAUUCUCUGGCGACGUUGUCGUUGCCGAGAUUGAUGCUUUUAUUCGUCGUCCGUGCCAAGGAGAUACCCCUAACAUUCGUCUUUGAACUGCAAUAUUUGCCGCCUAAUUCUGUAAGCUUGAGUCGCAGGUUUCUGAAUUGCAACCCUCCCUCCACCAUCGUCUUUGCAAGCUCUUGGAAUUGCAAUCGGUGUUGAAAAGAAUAAAAAGAUAGCGGUUGAGGAUGGAGGUGGGAGAGUUGCUUUAAUUGAAGAGCUAGUUGAUUGAGUUGAACGAUUGAACUUAGCGAGAAGAAUGCAAACAAAUAUAUAGAGCUAUCUCGAUAAGAUUAAAUAAAGGACAAAGUGCUUAAGAACAAUGAAAACUUUGUUUGGGCAAUUGAGGUUCCACUUACUGGAAAAUUCAUUACUGAUGUUGAGUUCCUUGAUUUGAAGACUGCAUCCCCAAACAUAUGGAAGUGGUUUUGUCCCAAGGAGCCUGUGUAACUGGAUAAUGCAGUGUGGGUUAUGUACAUGGCGCUUCCAAUUAUAAAGAAGAAGAAUCUCUAUGCAAAUCCCAAUUAUUGGUUGGAUAUGAA